AUACUCAUUCUUUGAAAGUCUAUCGUCCUCGCAGGACGUUCAGUUCGCCGAUUAAAAUUCACAAAUAUCAACUCAACUUAAUUCAGUGAAAUCCUUUCACAUUUCGAGAGAUGUAAAUUUAUGGGAAAAGAUUUUUGGGAAAAGUUCUUUUGUAUCGUGGUCGUGUCGACGUCGAGGAUUAAAUGUAUACGAGUUUGGAUUGUUGAAUAAAGUUGCAGUCUUUAGGAUACAAUGCGCGUCUGAAUGUUUUAUUUUACUUAAUCAGUUUGUAUUUACAUCAGGAAUUUCUCUGAACUUUUGUGAAUUAUAAAAUACGUAUAGCAUAGCUAUAAGUCUGAGUGUAAAGAUACUUUUCAUAUCGUGGAUUCGACAGCUGAUAAAAGGAAAACAAUGGAAUGAAAUAAAUAUUUUCGAGUGCGCUGAUAAAUUGAGUUGCGAUAAAAGUUAACAUUUUUAGUUUUUUUCUUCUGUAUUUUAAUUAUAAAAUAAAAAAGUUUCUUUUUUAUUGUUUUGUGUGUUUAUUUGGUUUCCUAUUGAAUGUGUGUUUUUUUGGGGAAAACAGAGAGAAAUAAAUUUGUGCUUAUCAACUGUUUUGAUUUUCCUCUCGAGAUACUCGAGUUCGUUUAGCAGAAUUUUGUGCAGCUAUUGUUUAUUUUUUCCUCUCCCCAGCUGUUCUUCAGCAAAUAAAGUGUUGGAAUAUUUAGAGUCCUGGAGUGACUGUUGGAACGUGUGCAUUGUUUCCAUCCCACAUUGGUUUACCUGUUUGAAGAACUAAUUCAAUACCAUUUCUUACUUUGUGGUUCUUUUUUCUGAUUUACGUGUUGUAUCCCUGAAUAUUUAUAGUUCAAGUAAAAGGUAUACAAAAUUUUACAGAAUAAAUUUAGAAAAAAAUAGAGUGGUUUCAGUGACAAUUAGUUUUUUGAUCUACUGAAAUUUGGAAAAUAAAUUCUUUUGUUCUGAAGUGUACGAAAGUGUUCGUUGGUGAUUUGAAAAAUGGCGGGACUUAAUUUAAGUGCUCUGGUAUGUUUGUGUAUAAAUUUAAUUUGGAUAACAUCCUCGUCGAUUGAUGCUGUUUCGGCAGGAUCUUGUCGUGAGGCACAAUUAUGUUGCCCCGGUCGGGAUUCUUCAUGUGUGGUCCAGAAGGCACCUAUCAAUUCGAUUAUUGAAGAUCUUAACGACAAGCCGUGUUAUUGUGAUCACGCGUGCUUGAAACUUGGCGACUGCUGUGAGGAUUUUAAGAAUCACUGUGGAGUACUGGAUUGUCAAGUCAGCGAAUGGGGCCAAUGGAGCGAGUGCGACAAAAGUUGUGGUAUUGGUAUGAUGACUCGUAGUCGGAGCAUUUUGCAGGCAUCCCAAAAUGGAGGCAAACAUUGUCCGUCGUUAGUGCAGAAACGUGGUUGUCAAGGGCUCCGUUGUCAUGGCCAUCAUGACAGGAAAGUUUUGCGAGAGAUGGCGCUCUUGCUGCCGGCAGAACUGUCAAACAACCAUCAUUUCAACGAUAGCAGCAGUGAGACCAGGCGGAAUCUACGACUACGCUACAGGGCAUCAUUCAAACACAAUCGAGAGCACGAAUAUUGUGUAGAAUAUGAAGUCAUUAAAGCCUCCAAGCCGUGUCACAAGCUAACGCCAUUCAAUCAACUUCUAGAGGGUGAUCGCAUUGUUGUCCGUUGUGACUUGGAAGAUUUACCUGGUUCAAGUCGAAAUACAAUGAGCAUCAGUUCCCAAUCUAAAGCUAGUCCAUCACAUAAUAACACCGCCAGUAGGAAAACCGAGAUCACAAAUAAUUCAGCUUUGUUGAGCGAUGAUGAUGAAGAAGAAGAAGACGAUGAGGACAGUGAAGACUAUGAUCGAUCUACGAAUCCUUCAACAAUUGCAACAACAACAACGACGACGACACAUCCUUCAACGAUAUACCACUGUCGUGGUGAAGGCCUAUCAGGCCGAACAACCAGAUGGAGUGCUCUUCCAGCUCCAUCGUGUCGGGGCAAAUGGCUACGACUGACAGUGGGUCAGCCCAAAAAGUGUUCUCAUCCCCAAUUCAUAUUCGUAUAAACCACAAGACCAAAAAAAACAAAUAUUCGACAACAACAAAAAGACAUAUUGUCUUCGAUAAAUUUCUUUGAUUUAUUUCUUUUUGUUUUUUUUUGUCAACUAAUUGAAAUUGUUUUUAUUAAAUAUAAAAUUAAUCAUAAUAUUUUACUAUACAAAAAUACUCGUAUACAGUCAGUAUUCAGAAAUGAAUGUUUUAUUUAUCAAUAUUUAUUAUUUAUUUAUUUAAAGUGUUCACUAUAAUGCAAAAUAAGCAAAUAAAAUACCUAAUAAUAAUUUUAAAUAUUAUUAAAUUAAGAUUAAAAAUAAAAACUACUGAUAGAAUAUCUGUAAUAAGAAAACAAGAUUAAAAUAAGAAAAUGAGGAAAAUAAAGGAGCUUUAAGGAGAAGCAAUGUAAUUUUAAAAUAAACCUUUAUCGAA